AUGACGCAGCCCGCUGGCCGCCCCCCUUACCAUCUAGUGUACCUAGAAUCCCAGACACCUUCUUCGUUCCCAUACUAUGCAGUCCGCACUCACCUCAGUUACGGAGCACACACCCAUACCGGUACCCCAAGCACUCACACGAAGAAAGACGGAAACAGUACGUACCGCCCCUGGCCAGCCACGCCUGGGACGCCUGCCGCCUGCGCUGGCUGCGCGGAUACCUCCCAUCAACAUCCCAUCCUCCACCCAUGCAAGCAACCCGCGCUCGCAGCCUUUUGGUACGAAGUACACACACACACACAUGCCAAACCGUUCAUGGUCUGA